AUGGUAUUUGCUGAUUUGAUGAUGAUGGCUGAGGGAACUAGGGAUUGGCUUCAAGACGUUUUGAAUGCCUUAUCCAUGUCGCAUGAGACUUGUAUUUACGUGAAACAUGGAGCAAAAGCUUCAAAGGUUUCACAUGGGGAUGGCCAUGGGUGGGUGGUACGCUGUGAAAACUUAGGGUCUGAACCAGAGGCUCGUGGGGUUACAAGAAUAUUUGCAGGAUUGUUAAAUAAUUAUAUUGAUAAAGGAGCAGUGAAGAGAGAAGUGGAAGUGUGCAUGCUUCAGACAUGGAUUUUAGCUCAUCAAGUAUACGGACCGCUUAGAGCAUCGACUGACGCAAUCAAGGCUGCUAACUUUUUGAGGGGACCCUUGGCCACCUUUUCUGUAGUCUGUCCCUUGGGUUCAAAGCAUUGGCACCCGGAUGAAGCUGGUGCAAAUUUUGGCACUUGUUCUUUUCUGCUCUGUAUCUGUAAUCUCUUGCACAAUGAUGUUGGAGAAUUCCUGUGGGAUGAGGCCAAUGGCUUGCUGGAUGAGAUGUUUACAAAUAGGGUAUCCCACAUUCAUCAGGUGAUUGGGCAGAUGAUCAAGGGAGAUUAUGAUGAUAUUUCUAAUUGGCAGAUGGUAGAGUACGUCUUUGACAAACUGAACUCUGAAGGUUGUGGUUUGGGGAUGAGGUUCUACAACACACUUUUAGAUGCACUUUGGUGGCUGGGCCAAAAGGAACGGGCUGCAAGAGUGCUCAUUGAAGCAACAAAGCGGGGGAUUUUUCCUGAACUAUUUCGUAUCAGUAAACUCGUUUGGUCUGUGGAUGUACACAGAAUGUGGCCUGGUGGUGCAUGCACAGCAAUAUCAGUUUGGCUCAACAAUAUGCAGGAGAUGUUGAUAAAUGGGGAUGAUCUUCCUCAAAUGGCAACUGUUGUUGUAGUGCGGGGGCAGAUGGAGAAGAGGUCAAUAACACGAGAUUUUCCUGUUGCCAAGGCUGCUUAUUCUUUUUUGAAGGAUAGUGUUUCAUCAUCCUUUUGUUUUCCUGGGUGGAACAAGGGACGGAUUGUCUGUCAGCGGUCUCAGCUAAAGAAAAUUCUAUCUGGCACGGAAUCAUCUUCAGAUGGGUCCAAAAAAGAUCAUAUUUGUACUUUAAACAAUUCCCACAUUCCUCUUCCGGAAACUAGAACAUCCAUGGGUGAUGCCAAGAGAGGCCAAUAUGGCAAUGCUGAUACUGAAACAAGUAGAACAAGUACAGAACUUGCGACUAGCACAGUCUAAACACAAACAAAACAUGCUAGACAGUGUUUCAAGAGAAGCUGCUUUAGCCUGGAAUUUGCCCUGAUUACUUCAAAGAAACUGAAGAAUCAAGGACCGUAGUCAGAUAUAUAAAUUAACAUUUUUCCUUGGUGAUUCAUAUGGAGUUGGGUCGCAGCUUGUCAGACUUUCAGAAAUGCUGGACUGUCGACAGAGUGCUUGAAUGACCGAUGAUGAAGCUUAGUGUUCAAUUGAAGCUAAUUUUACUCCCUGGCUUCCAUUGUACCAUGGCAGGCAAAUGAAACAGGCAUGCUAAGGGUUUUGUUUUUGUUCCCAGCUUAGAAUAGUUGAUUCAUAUACAUGUACACUUCGUUUUCUAUUUUUUGCUAAUAUGAGAAAUUUGAUAGAACAGAUCUGAUUCAUCAAGUAGAUGGCUCUAUGCGCUUCUAAUAGAGAACAAAUGAAUCUUCUUUUUACCCAAACUCUCUUUCAUGUUGGGGUUGGGUCUGUUUCCUUUGUACUGUGUCAUUAUACCAACAUGGCUAAGGGGUAUAUUUGGG